AUGGAGAAUUCCAGUAUCUAUUUAUCAGAAUCAUCAGGUUUAGAUAAUGCAAGCCAUCCCACCAAUUAUGACACCUAUGAAAUGUCAACUUUUAAGCCACCCAAGGCUAUCCGACCAGCCGAGCAAUUAGAUGCAAGACAUUCCGCCCCAUCUGAACACACUCCCAUGGCUAAUACAUUACCGCGACCUAAAUCUGCACCCCAUCUACUAGUGCCAUUUAGGCAGGCCCCACCGCCCCCAACAGCCGCGACAAACGCACCGGGUACUAGCACAUUUAUCCCUCAAAUCAGCAAAUGGCAGGGUCUUCCAUCUCUUACGGCGCCUAAUGCAAAUUUACUAACUGAUCCCGUAGGCUUAGCAUCACCCGACCUUCCCCUGCCGCUUGCCCAUUUACCUGGCCGAGUACAAGACUCAACUAAACCACUGGAAGACACCCAUAGCACUACAGAUGAUUUUGACUCACUUCCCCCUCCUCCUCCCAUUGCAUUCAAGGCAAUAGGAUCAACUGAACCCGGACGCAUACUAUUACCACAACCGGCAACCCAACUCAAUACUAACUUUUCUACCUUUAAGCGACCGCCUUUUAACAGAAGUGAUACUUGGGUUAGUAUACCUCAUGAGAUGGCACCUUCAUUGCCCUAUUCAACAAAACGGCCUUCCUCUCCUCCUCCUAUUCCACCUCGAACACCUCAAACACAUCCCCGCCUGGCUACCAACACUCUUCCAUCAAAGAAGAACCAUCUUGUCGGCCAGAGCCCGGCCAAUGUGCCUAAGAUAGCCACUAUAGGCCAUCGAAGACGCGUAUGGCCACCCAUAGUUGAUCUGGCUGCUAAUAGUCAAUUCUCAGAUAGCGAGCAAGGCAAUCAACAAGGUCUGCGUCGUGUCCCAAUUCCAACUGUACCACCAACCAAGAACGAAUUAUAUGAGCCCCCUACCAGCAUGCUUCAACCUAAUGACUCACCCAAUAGUCUGUCUAGUCACAGAAACUUAUCUGGUAGUAGCACAACUAAUGGUCUAGUGUACGAACCCAGUAGCAUGGCCCCUAGCAGACCGUUGGAUUAUUCCGCCCCAUUUGGCGAUAAUAUAAAACUACCACAAAGGGAAACUGGUAAGAAAGUAGAGUCAGGAAAUAAUAAGCCUUCUAAUUUCUCAACUGAUCCUUCCACUGGCUCUCCAACUAAACUCGAACGAAGGGUCACCAACAUAUUUGCCAUUGCAACUGCGACCACCACAGUCUAUCUACUUUGGCAAUGCGUUCUUCCUUGCUACUAUUUCUGGAGAUCCGUGGAUUCUUUCACAGGCAGUCGCGAGCAAGUUGCUUAUGUUACUCUCAACGGCUCUCUCCUCACCCUAGGUGCUACAUUUGUGGCUAUUUGCUGUGUAAUAUAUGCGUGCAUGCAACUAGCUAACGUUAAUGUUAAGUAUAAGACAACCCAUCGAAUUGUUUGGCGCAUUGGAAUAGCUCUUGGUGUCAUUGUUCUAGCUGCAGCAGUAUUAGGUACUAGUUUGUUGAGUAAGUGGGUGUGUCGAGGUGUAAUUGGUGGCUUAUUCAGUCAGGACGACUUUUGGAUCAAGUUUAAGAUAUUCCAACUAGUUCUUAUUCUUGUCCUGAUGAUAGCAAGCAGCAUUUGGGAUAAAGCAGGUAGAAAGAAGAAGUGGCUAACCAAGAAAGGCAUUCUGAAGCUUGUAUUGGUUGGCAUUGCCAUUUUAGGAAUUGCAGUGGCUAUCGGUCAUCUUCUCAACCGACUUUCUACAGGGCAAACAGCUCAAACGAACCUGCUUGAUACACUCAAGAAUGCAGCCAUUGCCAAAUAUCCAAACUCACCCCAACGGCACUAA